AUGCCUUCGUCCCCAGAGAUCUCUGGCAGAAGAAUCAAGCGAGUCUCCAAGUCCAAGGUCCGUACAGGAUGUGUGACCUGCAAGAUCCGACGUAUCAAAUGCGAUGAAGGCAAGCCUGAAUGUGUCAGAUGUACAAGCACCGGUCGCAAAUGCGAUGGCUAUCUACCUCCGAAGACUUGGCUUUUCGAACUCAACAGCGAAAGCGAGUCUUCUUCCAGCUCCUCUAUGCCCAGCAGCUCUAGUACCGGUGCCCCGGACAGCUCCGAGGAGCGUCAGGCUUUGCAGUUCUAUGAGGAUAGGACAGCACCGACCUUGGCAAAUUAUUACAGUCCACAGUUCUGGAAGGUGACUGUGCCCUCCACAGGUCUGCUGCAUCCACCGAUCAAACACAUUGUCGUCGCUACCGCCGAGCUACAUGCGUCCAUCGAAGAGGUCACCGAUCAAACAGGCUUGAGUCGACUUCGAUUUAUGCAACAUUACAGCAAAGCCGUCUCAUUGCUCACGAAAGGUUCAACCACUCUUCCCACAGAGGUUGUUCUUAUUUGUUGUCUCCUCUUCAGUACCUGUGAAAAUUUUCAAGGCGAUCCGAUGGCCGGCUUGUUACAUAUCGAAGGUGGAGCGAAAAUUCUUAGAGAGUGGAGAGCAGCUGUACCGCAAGGACUCAGCAGGACUGAGCCGCAGGUUCACCGCUCUGAUCUUAUUGAACAGGAGGUAGCCCCAAUUAUCGAUUCUGUUGAAGCUUUGAUAUCUACGUCUCGCAGUGUUAUACCGGGUCAACCACAAGCCUCACAGUUGAAAACUCCUGGCGAGGGUCUUCUGGCGCAAGGAUCAUCUGAGAAGCCACUGAUAUCUCAGAAAUAUGACACGUUUUGUGUUGCGAGAGAUCAGUUGAACGAUGCAAUACAGUGGAUGCGUCGGACCUGGAACUGGGAGAUAUGUGGAACAACGUCCACAGUCAUCGACCCUGCAGUAACGAUUGAGGACGCGAGAGCAUUGUUAUCAGGAUGGCUGGUUGCCUUCAAUGGCUACACACCUCAGCCUGGUGGCAUGCACGAAAGGGAGUUUCUUCGUACAGAAUGCCUUCUCCUGCGAGCUCACCACCACGCUGCAGUGAUCAUGAUUGAAACUUUGCCUUCGAAUUCCGAAAUGGUCUUUGACGAGCAUGUGGACAAAUUCAGAACACUUUUGGAAGAGUGCAGUGCCGCAGCUAUCCCACCUAUCUCACCAGCCAUCACCUUCCACUUCGGCUUCUCUUUGGGUCUCAUACCUCCGUUGUUUCUUCUAGCAACACGUUGUCGCGAGCCGUCCAUGCGCAAACAAGCCGUUGCUGUACUUCGAUCGCUGCAUCGAAGCGAAGGUUGCUGGGAUAGCUGUUCCGCCGCGCUGCUCGCCGAACAUGUAAUAAAUAUCGAGGAACGCGGCUUGGCCGUCAUCGAAACCGCGAGUGAUAUCACCGCCUUCAGCCGCGUUCGUCUCAUGGGUGCCGAAGUCGACUACGCCAACCAACAGCUCGUCCUCCGUGUUGCACGUUACCCCUUCAGCGGCAUGAGUCCAUUUAUCCGUCACGAAGAACCGAUCGAAUGGCGUACCAUUGCGCGUGGUCAGAAUAGGGACACUUUAGAGUGGAUCAGCCAACCCCAUGCGUUUGAUCCUCGUCCGGACGAGGAUACUACCUAUUUCCCAACAUCGACGGCUGCUUCUUCUCUGUCGGCGGCUGACAGUCCAACCAUACAGCCUCUGGACAGGAUUCUAGGUGCGGCGGGAUUUCAAGGACUCAUCAGGCCGGAGCGAGGGAUCUGUUGGCAUACCGCUACGAUGAACAGAGGAGGUGGGGACACAGCAACGGUCACGGGAAGUGUGGAGACGGGUGCUUAG